AUGGUUGAAACCGGCUCGGACGAGUGCAGUAUGGUCCUUGUAUCGAAAGUCUUCCUGACAAGGGUUUCAGGGUUUCAAUUUCGUGAACCUCCUUCUUCUCCGCGCCUCUGCAACUCUCUCCUCUCUCUCUCCGCUGCUGCCAACCCAAAUUUUUCUCCUCUGGUUCAUGUGUUGGUGCUCUUUCUCUUCCUCGAGAACAUUGUUUUCCGCAGUGAGGACGCAACUGUUGCGGUGGCGCAUCAUGUCCACGCACCACCAGCGUGGAAGCAUUACCGAGGUGUGAGGCGCAGGCCAUGGGGGAAGUUCGCGACGAAGAUAAGGAAUCUGAAGAAGAACGGAGCUAAGGUUUGGCUUGGAACUUUUGACACAAAGGAGAAAGCGGCGAGGAAGGAAGAGAAGGACGCGUCGCUGCCGGUUGGUGGCGCGGUGGCUGGUGGCGCGGUGGCUGGUGGCGCAGUUGGUGCGUGA